CUAAAGAACGCCACUUUUCAUUUAAUUGGACUCUACUCAUGCUGUUAAUCAGCUAGUCUACUAAUUGCCAAUCAAAAAUAGACAUGAAAUCUUUUGUCAAACGGACGCGUAGCGUAAAGUUUAAAUUUGUUAUAUACUACUAGGUUAUGUAUACGUAACCAGAUGGUAUAAAAUACUUCAACUUAAUAUAGUAAGCUAUUUGUAAUAGCUCUUUUUAUAGUGAAUUAAAUACUCUCCAAUAAUGCACAAAAACAGAUUUUUCCUUUAUGCAGCUGGGAUAUUCAUGUCUUAUUUUUAUUUUGGAAUAGUACAAGAAAAAAUUACCAGAGGAAAAUAUCCAUAUGAAGUUGUUAAAGAGGAUGGUACUAAGUCCACUGAAUAUGAAAAAUAUACUUAUGCAGUAACUUUAGUGUUAGUGCAGUGUAUUAUGAACUUUUUAGUAGCUAAAACUGCAGCAACUCUAUGGCAUCAAGGCGAAGACACGACGCAUAAAUUUUAUUAUGCAAGUAUGUCCAUAACUUAUUUAUUGGCAAUGAUUUGUUCCAAUAUGGCACUACAAUGGGUGCCAUAUCCUACCCAAGUUAUCGGAAAAUCCGCUAAACCUAUACCAGUAAUGAUACUUGGAGUUUUAGUUGGUAAAAAGAGCUACGCUCUUAGGAAAUAUAUUUUUGUUUUUAUGAUUGUAUGUGGUAUUGUAUUAUUCAUGUUAAAAGAUAAAGUAAAAUCUCAAACUGAAGAGAGCUCAAUAGGUAUAGGUGAAUUAUUACUAGUACUUUCGUUAAUAAUGGAUGGAUUAAUUGGGGCUAUUCAGGAAAGGAUUCGAGCUGAGUCUAAACCCACAGGUGUACAGAUGAUGGAAAUUGCAAAUGCGUGGAGUGUACUAUUUUUAAGUAUAAUAAUAAUAAUAUCAGGAGAAUAUUAUAAAUUCUAUGAAUUUGCUACUCGAUUUCCAUAUGUAGUCACAAAUCUUUUAAUGUUAGGAAUUACAUCAGCUGUUGGACAAUUAUUCUUGUAUUCUAUGGUAUCUGAAUUUGGCCCUCUAGUUGUAUCAGUAGUUACUACAACAAGAAAAUUCUUCACAGUUUUAGCAUCUGUUAUUCUAUUUGGUAACGCAAUUUCCAUUAGACAAUGGAUAGGUGCUAUAACUGUUUUUACAGCACUUUUUUUGGAUGCUUUUUAUUCAAAAUCUGCACCAAAAAAAUUAUGAAAAUUUCUCAUUAAACCAUUCCUUUUAAUUUGGUUUACUUCAAAUUUGUUGACUGCUUCAUCUUUAUAAAAAUAUUUAUUUUUGUUAAAUAGGAUAAAGGAAAUAAAAUAUCUUUAUAGAG